AUGACAAUCGCUACACCAUUAUUUGAAGCGUAUUUAUUCUUAAUAAAACCUUUGCCUUUGGCUUCGACUGAAGAUCAAGAUGUCCUUCGGUGUGUUUCGGAUUCAGCUGGUGUUAUACUUUAUGCUGCUGAGAAAGCCACACAAGUUUGUUUGGAUGCUAUUCAAAUACUUGGUGGAAAUGGUUAUGUUAAUGAUUACCCAACCGGGCGCUUUCUAAGAGAUGCAAAACUUUACGAAAUCGGUGCCGGAACAUCGGAGAUACGUCGUAUAUUAAUUGCGAAAGCUUUAAGCAAAGAAUGGAGUUGA